CACUCCCUGCAGGAAUUAGAUGUGGAGUGAACGUUACAGGUGGAGCAGUAACACCGACGAGCUGGAUCCAAGACAGGAAAGACAGCGGCACUCUGAACGGCUUAUCAUGUAAAUGCCUGACAACUCCCGAAGUGGGCUGCCGUGAAAAUGAUCUCCUCGAGCAUCCCUCACCACUAGCUGAGCAGUAUGGCUUCUGCUCCUCCUUCCAGAGAGGACACCAGCAGCUCAUUAGCACUGCGCUGGAGGCUAACGCCGACAUAGAUUUCCACCACGCAGCUGCGCUCGACGUUCCUGGUUACGCAUCUGAAUGAUUCACCUUUAGAGGGUCUCUGUAAACAAACAGGACGACUCGUGCCAGAGUGGCACAUGUCCAGGACAGUGACAUCACCACAGUUUAACAGCAUUUGGAUUGACACUUUGGACCAUGAUCUGUCUCUGAUUGGGUGCUUUGGUGGCAGAGCUGGACAGUGCAGCUCUUCCACACUUAGACAAACCUGGAUUCUGAGCCAUGUCUCUUCUCUCAGCCCUGAGCAUCAUCUGUGGAUUGAUGCUCCAUGUAUGUUUCAGUGCCAUCAACAAUGGCUAUUGUGUGCCACGAAAGACUGUGCCCUACCAGAAUGAACUGAAGUUGUUCAGAGAAGAGGGGAUCUUCUAUUAUUCCACCAUGCUGAUGAGAGAAGACCUGGAUGUGCUGCUGCUGGGGGCAAGAGAGGCUAUCUAUGCUCUGGAUAUGAGCAACAUCUCAAUUACAAAGGCUGCGGUGUAUUGGCGAGUGACUGAGGAUAAACAGAGGGACUGCACGUACAAGGGAAAAAAUGCAGAGGUGGAAUGCCACAACUAUAUUCGAACCCUGCACAGAGUGAAUGACACUACGAUGUAUGUGUGUGGUACAAAUGCGUUUAGCCCGACAUGUGAUUACAUGACGUUUGUUAAUGGACAGCUGAUGCUGCAGGGAAAGACGGAGGAGGGGAAGGGGAAGUGUCCUUUUGAUCCCUUUCAGAGAUAUUCUUCCCUCAUGGUUGGAAAUGAUUUGUAUUCUGCCACAUCCAUCAACUUCUUGGGCUCUGAGCCUGUUGUUCUGCGCAGCUCAGGCUUGGCUCUUCGCACCGAGUUCAAAAGCUCCUGGCUCAGUGAGCCAAACUUUGUCUACAUGGACUUUGUGGGUGAGAGUUUUGAAAGUCCCGAUGGUGACGAUGACAAGGUGUACUUGUUCUUCAGUGAGAAUGCCAUGGAGUACGACUUCUACACAAAAGUUGCGGUGUCACGAGUGGCCCGUGUCUGCAAGGGGGAUAUGGGCGGCCAGCGGACACUGCAGAGGAAAUGGACGUCGUUCCUGAAAGCUCGUCUGGAUUGUUCCCUCCCUGAACCCAGCCUGCCCUCCAUUGUCCAGGAUGUCUUCCUUCUGAGACAGAAUGACUGGCGGGAGAGCAUCUUCUACGCUGUCUUCACUCCACAGUCGAGUUUGUCCCAGAUGUCUGCUGUGUGUGCAUACAGCGUAUCUGCUAUUAGAGAAAUUUUCAGUGAGGGAAAGUUUAAGACCCCUGUUGCUGUGGAGACAUCCCAUGUUAAGUGGGUGAUGUACACCGGCGAGGUGCCAGUCCCCAGACCAGGAGCGUGCAUCAAUAAUGUGGCACGUAAAAUGGGGAUGAAUCGGUCUCUGGAUCUUCCAGACAAAACCCUCCAGUUCAUUAGGGACCGUCCCUUAAUGGAGGAGGCAGUUCGCCCACUGACAGGAGGCCCACUGCUGGUCAAGAAGGGAGCUCUGCUGACUCGGAUUGUAGUGGACAGUGUGUUGGCUCUGGACAGACAGAAAUAUAACGUGAUGUUCAUUGGCACAGAAAAUGGUUACAUUCAGAAGGCUGUCAACUAUGAUGGAGAGAUGUUCAUCAUCGAGGAGAUUCAGCUGUAUGAUAACCCCGAGCCCAUCACUGUCCUGCGCCUCUCAUCCACUGAGGGCCAAGUGUAUGCUGGCUCAAAAUUUGGCGCAGUCCAGAUGCCGGUCAGUAACUGCAGCCGCUAUGACACUUGUGUGGAGUGCAUCCUUGCCAGAGAUCCGUACUGCGCCUGGGAUUUAUCCACCAAGCAAUGCUCCUCUGUCUCAAACUUGUCCCCCUCCUCAAAUACACUACAGAGUCUCAAGAAUGGAGAUGUGUCACAGUGUCCUCCACUAGAUCCAGUAGCAGCUGUCGAAUUGGUCCUUAUUCCAGAGAACAACAUCCAGCUGCCUUGCCAACUUCACUCUAACUUGGCUGAGGCCCACUGGCGAUUGUCUGACCAAGCACUUCACACCAACAAUAAAUACUACAUCUACAGUGGAGGCCUCCUCAUCCUGAGGGCCUCUGAAACCGAUGCUGGCCUGUACAGCUGUGACUCAGUAGAGCAGAUAAAUGGGCAUACACACAACCAGACUGUGGCGGUUUAUCAUUUACAACUCUACUCUGGCCCAGCAACGGGGAUCAUCCCCACUCCUGGCACUGAGGUGCCAAAUUCCACUGAGUCUAUUCACAGAAGUACAACUGCACCAGGGUCGGUGCCAAACCCUACCAAUGAGAGCUUCAUUUCCCCUGGGAAACAAAGCUACACUGACAGGAUAACUCAUUUAGAGGUGGCUGUGGCUGUGCUGUCCCUGAUUUGCCUCUGUCUGAUGGGAGUCAUAUUUUGGAUCUGGAGCCGCGGGCACUGGGAGUGUUUAAAGUUUGUACAGAGGUCCAGUGAAAGCGAGGCAAGAAGGCAGUCAACCGACUACAUGCACAUCCCAAACAGAACUUCAGAGAUAAAACUCCUAGGGGAUGAAUCCAGGAGACCUUGCAGUGCCAAUAAUAAUCACUCUGCUGUUGACUUCAAAGGGAAUGGGGAGCAACACUUCUCACCUAUGCCCAACAUUUCAAGUCUGGAUGGUCUGGGAUACAUAAAUGAUGAGUCAGAGAUUUGACUCUGCUGAGCUAUAGAAUUCACUCUGAGGCAGCACUUGUGGACUAAUUAUCUUCCUAUAGCUAUACUUCCACUGAGAGAUGGUUCCUAUAAAAGUUCACAUUAGAAAUUCUUUUGAUAUUUGUCCUGUUUCCUAUACUGACUAUCGUUUCCAUACUCUUACCAGGCAGCUUAUGUCCUCUAAAAAGACUUUUAACUGGUGGAAAAUGUUUUUAUAUAUUUUUUGUAUUACGACAAAUUGUGAAUAUGCUUUGUGCAAUACAUUGUGUACAGUCAAUUCCUUUUCUUUUUUGGACUAUUUAUUUUAAGCAGGUGAUUUUUUUUAAAAAGUCUUGUAAAUAUAGUAUGAAAAAUACUGGACAUGUAGCAUUUUGAUCACAUAGGAUACUGACAUUCAGCAGAGUACAGGAACAGUCUUUGGCUGCUUUAGUGAUUGAACAGUGGUCUGUACCAAUCUUUUAUUUCCUGGUGGCUCUUUAAAAAUGUCCUACAUACCUCUGCUUUGAAGCACUUAACAGCCCAUCACACAACAGGUGAAUCAAUGUUCAGUAACAGCAAAUAAAUAAAUAGUAAGUAGGGAAAACUAGGGUGUUCUUCUUUUUUUUUUGGUGUGUAGCUACAUUUCUGAUUCCAAGCAUACUGUACUUACUAAGAAAAAGACAAAAAUCUCAUUGUAAUGUUGAGGUGGAGGUAUACAUUUCUGUCAGUGAACACAGAGGUGCAGCAUUUGGAACAUGCUGCCUUGCUCAUAAUGACUGUCUCACAGGGCGUGGAAAUUUAUUUGAAAGCAAUGCACAAAGUGACUACUUUCUGUAUUAAUGUUUCAGAAAGCUUCCUGUGGUUUGCAGGGCGGGAAAAACAUCAUCAACACCACACACUGAGUUCAGUUAUUACAGUUCUGUUUGUUUUGGAUGAGAAAGUCAAUUAAAGUAAAGCUGACUGAAUCUUCUCUGUGGUUUUUACUCAUUGUAAAUGAUCAUAAUGCCAGUUCGCAGAGCCACCUUAUGUUUCAUCUGAAACAAGUACUGUAGAACUGUACUGUAUGAAAGGGUUGAAGUGGGUCUCUGCUGAAUUAUUAAAAAGUGCAGAAUAAAAUAAACUAAAAAAGUUGUCAUGAACUGUUUUAGGAUGUACAAUAUUAAUCCUAUAAAGUAAUAAUGAAAAUGUUGAUUGUGCAUUUGAUUUUUUUUUCUAUUAUUAUUGUUUAAAGGUACAAUUUUUGUUUGUUUAAAAAAAAAAACAUUGAAAGUCAGCCAUGCUAUGUUAUAACACUGCCAACUACUGUUUUAAGUUUUAUACUAAUAAAGCUAAAAGGCUUAUACUGAGUCAUUUA